CAUGAGUCUGCGGUCGACUUCGACUUUGGCAACCCGACUCUUCCUUCUGCCCUUCUGCGAAAUCCAUCCGGCUUGAACCCAUCGAAGACGAUGCCUCUUGACAUCGAGGAAUUUCGCAAGGCGGGGUAUAAAGCCAUUGACCGUAUAUGCGAUUACUAUUACUCGCUUCAGGACAAGCCUGUGGUUUCGCAAGUGGAACCUGGUUACCUGAGAGAGGCCUUGCCAGCGGAAGCACCGGAGGAUGGAGAGGAUUUCGACACCAUCCAGGAUGACUACCAGAAGCUCAUCGUGCCAGGCUUGACACACUGGCAACAUCCUUCGUUCUUUGCCUACUUUCCGACCGCCUGUACCUUCGAGGGAAUGUUAGGAGAUCUAUACGCGAGUAGCGCUGCGAAUCCCGGGUUUAACUGGGCAUGCUCUCCGGCUUGCACGGAGCUUGAAGCGGUAGUGAUGGAUUGGUCGGCGAAGCUCCUAGGGCUAAUCCCUGACUUCUACAAUACGAGUGGGAUCGGUGGUGGGGUCAUGCAGACAUCCGCAUCGGACUCGGGCCUCACAGCGGUAGUCGCCGCGCGCUCGCGCUUCGUCUGCCUCCACCCGUCCAUCCCGCUCGAGAGCCUCAUCAUCUACGUGACCUCGCAGACGCACUCGCUCGGCGCGAAGGCGGGGCUCGUACUCGGGCUGGAGGUGCGCGUGCUCGACGUGCGGGAGGAGGACGCGUUCGCGCUGCGAGGGGAGACGGUGCGCGCGGUCAUCGAUCAGGACAAGGAGAGGGGGAAAUAUCCGUUUGUGCUGAUCGCGACAGUCGGGACAACAAGCUCUGGCGCGAUUGAUAGGAUCGAUGAGAUCGGUGAAGUCCUGCAAGACUUCCCGGACAUAUGGCUGCAUGUCGACGCAGCGUGGGCGGGUAUGACGUUCGUCUGCCCGGAGCUCCGAGGACCGGGCGAAUUGCAGGCGAUCAACAAGUAUGCGACGAGCUUUUGCACGAAUUUCCACAAGUGGGGGCUGGUCAACUUCGACGCGUCGACGCUGUGGGUGAGAGACCGGAAGCUCCUGACGGACGCCUUGGACAUUACCCCUGAAUUUCUGCGAACGAAGCACGGGGAUGAAGGGACGGUCAUCGACUACCGCAACUGGCAUCUCGGACUCGGUCGGCGUUUCCGCUCACUCAAGGUAUGGUUCGUUCUGCGAAGCUACGGUGCUGAAGGGUUCCGGAGGUAUAUUCGCAAGUGUAUCGAGCUAAACAACCUCUUUGCCUCUUACGUCUUGGAAUCCCCCGACUUCGCGCUCGUGACGCAGCCUUCCCUCGCGCUUACGGUUUUCCGCCUGCAGCCUGAAACUGAGCAGCCGUUGGCCCUACAAGCGCUGAAUGACCUGAACAGGAUAUUCUACGGUCGCUUGUCGGCAAGAAGGGAUAUACACUUGACUCAGACACAGCUCAACGGCGUCUUUUGCAUACGGCUGGCUAUUGGCGCUGUGAGGACGGACGAGAGUCACAUCAAGCACGCGUAUGAUGUGCUCGUUGAAGAGGCAGGGCAAGCGAUAGAAGCUUGGAAACAGACUAAGCAGGCUGCGAUGGAUUGA